AUGACGACUACAGAAAUCAAGAACACAACGCAAGGACGACGUAACUACUGCACGGACGGCGACUUCGAUACCAACCUCUACACUUCCAAUUCUGCGAUUAUCUGGCAAGGCAUCUCCUCCUCAUCUCCUGCCACCAUGACAAGCUUCCUUGAUGUCAUCCGAGUGAUCUCGACUAUUACCGCGGUGCUUAUCGCUCUAUCACCAGCUCCGGAUUUCUGGAAAAUCUACAAGACCAAAUCGACUGGUCCAUCGUCCAUCCUUCCUGUAGUCAUGAUCUUCUGCAACUGCUACGUUUGGGUCCUGUACGCCUAUCUCGUUGACAAUAUCUUGCCCCUAUUUGUCAACUGCUGCUUCGGUAUGUUCACAUCCGUCGUGUUCGGGGCCAUCUACUACCACUGGAGUACCAACCGCUCGCACAUUCACAAGGUUUGUGCUGUCGCGUUUAUUACGAUGGCUAUUUACACUAUCUACUAUAUCGUGGGGACGACGGGGGUCACGAAUCAGUCGGACGACGCAGUGGAAAAAGUUCUCGGCGUCGUCAGCGACAUCGUCAGCUUAGCAAUGUACGCCUCGCCACUGGAAGCGAUGAAGCAAGUGAUUCAGACGAAGGAUGCAACGGCGUUACCAAUCAUCAUCAGCGCCAUUUUCCUCACCAACACCACCGUGUGGACUGUCUUCGCCUUCGCCGACGAUGACAUGUUUGUUGUAGUUCCCAAUGCAAUUGGUAUGCUGGUUUGUGUUGCUCAAAUAGCAUUAUACGUGAUGUACCCGCCGAAAAACACGAAGGAGGUGUCUGUCAAUUGUGGUGAGCUAGAAUUACAGCAACCUGCCUCGAAGCCUGCCAAGGGGAUUCUUUCGCCGACGACGACGCCAUACACGAAAUUGAAUGAUUGCGAAGUUGUUUAA